AUGGCCGGCGUGCUGGAUCUCAGCGUGGUGGCGCGGUGGGAGUACGUGGUGGUGCUGCGGGCAUCUGCCUAUAAUGGAUCCACUUCUUCGGCCUCUACUAUUAUGGAUUCACCUUGUCACCAAGGUGAUGGUUCUCAAUGUGCUGAAGUAAUGGGGUCACAAGUCCAUUUUCCAGAGGACAUCCUUCAUCAUAUACAUGCUCUCAUGCUUAUGAGAGAUGCUGCUCGUGCUGCAUGUGUGUCUCGUGGUUUUCUGCAUUCUUGGAGAUUCUAUCCCAAACUCAUCCUUGAUAUUAAUACACUAGGACUAAACAAGGAUGCAUCUAAAGGAGUAAUAACAGAGAAAUUUAUCACUAGAGUUGACCGCAUCAUGCACAAUCAUGCUGGCACGGGAUUAAACAUAUUUAAACUUGUGACAUACCCUUGUUCCAAUAUUCACCCUAGUUAUGUUGACCGAUGGCUUGAAAUUGCUAUUACGCCCGCAACUAAAGAAUUGACGCUACAAAUGACCCAAGGUGGCGAGAUAGAAUACAACUUCCCGUGUUCACUUUUAUCUUCAGAUAAGGGAAGCUCAUUGCAUUCUAUUUUCCUUGCGGAAUGUUCCUUGCACUCUAUGGUGCAAGUUGGUUCCAUGCGUAGCUUGACAAGUGUGGGUUUGAGUUCAGUUCACAUUACUGGGGAGGAACUAUGUUGCUUCCUGUCCAAUAGUUGCUCUUUGGAGUAUUUGUGCCUUUCGCAGUGCGAUGAUAUAACUUUUUUGAAGAUACCUUGUGUGCUUUUGCGGUUUAAAGUCUUGGAUGUGACGAGUUGCAAACUUCUGGAGAUGAUUGAAAACAAUGCUCCAAGGCUCUCCACUUUCAACUAUAACGGACGUGUGAUACACAUCUCACUUGGAGCUUCGUUGCAAGUGAGUAAAUUAGGAAUGGCUUGUGCAUAUGAGCCUGACAUGCUAUAUUAUGCUUCUACCAGGCUUCCUUCUAUUGCACCAAAUAUCCAAUCCCUUUAUCUGUCAACACGUGAUGAGACGGUUGAUACACCAAUGGUGCCUGGUAGAUUCCUCCAGCUCAAUUACUUGGAGAUAGAACUUCUUCGACCAACAUAUUCCCCGGAUUAUGAUUUUUGUUCCCUGGUUUCCUUUAUUGAUGCUUCUCCCAACUUGAGGACUUUUAUAUUGCGUGUAAGUACUCAUUUGUCCAUUGAACCUAUUACUAUUUUGCUGCCAGCAAUAAGGCACGAUUCGAUCCUCGAAGAUUUGAAUGUUGAUGCAUUGCAUCCUCGUUGCCUCUCAAAUAACCAUCACGAAAAGCUCAGGGAUGUGAUGAUUACUGGCUUUUGCUCUGCAAGGAGCAUGAUUGAGUUUACAAGGCAUAUUGUUCAGAAAACGUUGUCACUGGAGUGUCUUACGCUAGACACUACCCGUGGUUGUGACAAGAGAUCUGUUGUCUUAGUGGCUGAUCUACAUCCCUGCAAAAUUUCGUGGUCAAAUUCCUUGUAUAUCUUCGUAAUCGACGAUUUUCUGGCCAAUUUUCCGCUACUCACGAAGAACAGUUCGUCCUGUUCGUGCUCACCGGCACUGCCGGCCGAUUCCUGGCGGCACUGCCGGCCCCCAUCAUCUUCAACCUCCCGCCUGCCACACCUGCGCCCCACUUCCACCAAUCAUCGGCCAAACCACCACGGCGCCGCGCCUCAGCAGCAAGUCGACCCCGCCUCCCCUGCCGCGCGCCUCCCUUAUCCCGCUUCCGUCGCGACCACGCCUGGCCGCUCGCCAACCUCCAAGCUCCAGGCCAAGGCCCGCCGCUCCCCGGCCCAUCCUGCGCCGCACGCCCGCACCAAACUCCCCACGCAUCGCGCGCGCGGACGCGCCACGCCGCCGCUCCAAUCGCUCGCCCGCUUCGCGCCUCGCUCACCCAGGCUGCUCUGCCCCGAUCCGCCUCGCCUCGACCUACCGCGGCCAACCGCCUCCUGCGUCGCCCACGCUUGCUAUCGCCGCGCGCCGCCAAGCCACUCCCGCUCGCUGCUCCCUCACCAAGCACUAGCAGCAGCAAGCGCUGCUCAUCCACCAGCUCGCCUCCAGGCCAACAGCACCGCGCGCAACGUACCACCAGGCCACAGCAGCAAGGUCCGGCUUCACCUGCUCCUCCCGUUUCCAUCCACGCAAGAAAUCGCUCAGCUCCGCUUGAUUCGGCUCGAAGAAAUCCAGUCCGGCACUCCCGGCCGAACCAACCCGGCAGUGCCGGCCUAA